AACAAUACUAGUCCUUUUUAUUUAUUAAAAAAAUAACUAAGUGGAGGUUUUUAUUUUUGUUAACUUUUAUUUUUGGUCUUAUUAACUCAACAGUUGUAAGACCGCCGAUUGGUUAAUUUUUUAUAAUAUUACGAGAGAUAAGUAGAAAUAAAUCCAAAAAUAAUUAUCUAUUAACGUACUAAGUGAUUAACAUGAGCUACGCAUAUACUGAACAAAAAAAUAAUAAGUUCUCUAACAAUAUAUUGAAUAUAAACUACAAUACAACCAAGCAGUUGCAUAGUCGAAUGAAUUAUUGUUUUAUGCGAAAGGACAAAAUAAAGAAGUUAAAGCUAGUUAUUACAAGAAGAAACAUCAGAAUGUCUAUCGCUUCGACAGUUUCGAACUUGGGAGCCUAGAAGGUUAAAAUUUCUUUAGGAACUCAAGAAGAGUUCAAAAAAUUCUAUUCAAAAUGGUUGCUCAAAAGAUCACCGUCAGUCCGUGUCGAGGAGACGAUAUCGGAAAUCAGUUCGAACAAAAUACCGAAAGACAUGGUUUUUUCGCAAACGAAUGUCAAUACUCAACGUCCUUUGAAAGUGGUAGAAAUAAAUCGCUUAAAGUCCGAAAAGAAUCAACAGGUGAACGGUCUGACCGGAGUAAUUACCGGCGGAACUACAAAGUCAAUGUCAUCAUCACCCGUGGCUACAACCAGCUUUUCCGAGGAAUAUCUGAAACCGGAGCCGUUAUUCGAGAAUACAAUGUUUCACGAUUCGGACUGCGAGUUCUUCCAAGAUCUGGUACAAUGGUGCGCCCCGCCAGUCGCCGAGGAAGAAAGAAUACAGUCCACUGAUUCCCCAAACAAUCUGGAAGCAAGGGCACACAAAACCGACACACCAUACACGCCCAUCUCACCGCAAGGUUGGGAUGUAUUCGACGCUAACUCGCCGUCUGCCCAAACGAUUAAUCAAACACCCAGCUAUCCUGUGUCACCAAACGUGGACGGGUUGGCAGAGUUUAACCCAGGUUUCUUUAAUAAUUCAAGUAUAGUAAACGAUAAUAAAAUACCAUUCCAAGAGCAGUUUGUUGACAUAAAUACAUUGCCAGUGGUAAUAGGUGAUUUAGCGUCCGAAGUAAUCGCUGACAUGAAUACGUGGCAAGCAACGGAGUCUGUUUGGCAGAACAUACACGACAUAGAUUACACUAAAUCAAUAUCAGACACACAUAACACAAUGCCCUUCAUCCACCAAGAUGACUCGAUGGAUAUGAAAUUUGUAUCAGUGACACCAAGGGAGGUGGAAAAUAACAACAUAACAAUAUCUGAGUACAUAAUCAACAAGGAACGGGAUGUGGGGACUAAUGAAUCUGAGCCACUCGCGCGACCAGACAGGCGCGGUGUAGGGCUCUCUGUAGACGUGGCUGCGCACACAAAGAUGUGGCCUGAAGAUAUAGACAUCAUAAGUACACCAGAAGUUCUUAGUUUUGUUGAACAGUUGGAGCAAGAGAAAUGCAUCCUUCCAAGCUCGACCACUGCGUUGUCAUCUGAGAUCGAUAUCUGCGCAGAAAGCGCAAAAAUAGAAGAAUCUUCAAUACCAGAAGACUAUGAUCCUAUAACUCCUAAAAGUGAACCUGUAGUCGAUUCUGAAGAGGAAAUAACAUCUAGUUCAAGAAAGCGGCGCCGCCAUGACAGUGAGGAUUCGGACGAAACUUAUACUCCCUAUACUGAACAAUCACCUAGAAAAUAUAGAAAGCGUAAGCCAAGUAUUCCUAUAAAGGAAAUGAUAAAAGCCCUGGAAGGUGCACAGCAGCCAACAAAAGCUCGAAGAGGGAGACCUCCUAAACGAAGAGAGAGUACACUAUCCACUGUCAGUGAUAACUCAUCAAUAUCUACACAUGAGAUGAAAUACAGAGAAUUGAGGGAUAAGAAUAAUGAAGCCUCAAAAAGAUCUAGAAUGAAUAGAAAAAUCAAGGAGCUACAAAUGGAACAGUUAGCUGAUGAACUAGAAGAAAGAAAUAAGAUACUAAAAGUUCGAGCAGAUCUUCUAGAAGACAUGACUAAGAAGUUGCGGGAUGCACUCAUGACAGCCGUGUCACAGAAAAAACUUGGAUAAGAGUAAUAAAAUUUGUGCAUAGCACUAUUUUAUACAUUCAAAUCUAUAUGUAUAGAUUUAAAAAAAUAUUUGGGGAAUAUAACUAUAGUUACUUUAUAUGAAACAUACUGUAUAAAUAGCCCAAUUGGCCACGACAUGAGCAUUACAUAUAGCUCUUUAAUCUCGGAUUUGACAACUAUUAUUUUACUUAAUGGAUUUGACUAUUAUGAUGUAUUAGAUUUAAGCAUUCAUUUUAUAAAAACUAUUGAUACAUUUGAAAUAUAUUUUACAGAAGAACCCUAAGUUUAACAAACUUAUGUCAUAUUAUCUUAGUUUUUCGAUGCUGUUACUAUGCUCGAAGUAAUUGUAAAAAAAAGUUAAUCUAUAAUGUAGAAAUCAUUUGUUGUUAGUUUAUUGAAUUAAGGAUGAUGUUCAAUUG